CCCAAAUCCCCCGCUCGCCAGGACGAACCGUCGCCUGCGAUGACGCGCCGAAGCCGGGAACGGCGCGCGGCCGCCGGCGACGGAGACCCAGCCGGCCCCCCGCAUUACGACCCCGACGAGGAGCGCCGCCUCGCCGAGGAGGUGCUAUACCUCCACUCCCUCUGGCGCAGCGGCCCGCCCGCCCCCGCCCCCGCCGGGCCUCCCGCGCAACCCGCCGGAGGCUCCCGCACCACCCGCCCCGCUCGCGCCCGCCCCAAACAGCGGAAGCGCCGCAGGAUCGAGCGCCCCGCCGCGGAGCCCGAGGGACCCGGCGCCGACUGGCCCCUCGCGCCCUCCCCGCCCGCCUCCCCAUCCCCCGCCUCCUGGCCCGACGCCACCCCCGCGCCCAGGCCACCGCCGCAGCAGCCUUCCCCCGCCUCGCUCGCGCAGCGGGACGCCCUCCGCGCCGCGGAGGAGUUCUUCUCCGGGCGCGGCGCCUCGGGCGAGUCGGAGGGCUCCGAGUCGGAGGACGGCGGGGACGCGGCGGCGGAGUUCUUCCUGGGGCUGUUCGAGCGGGACGCCGCGCUGCGGGGGUACUACGAGCGGAGCCACGAGGAGGGGGAGUUCCGGUGCAUGGGGUGCGUGGGGAGGAAGGGGAAGGGCAGGAGGUUCCGGGACUGCAAAAGCCUCGUGCACCACGCGCGCGACGCCACGCGCUGCGGGAGGCCGCUGGCGCACCGCGCGCUCGCCGCCGCCGUCUGCCGCGUGCUCGGCUGGGACGUCAAGCGGCUGCCCAGCAUCGUCAUCGACCCCCGCGGCACGCUCGGCCAGGCCCUCCUCGCCAGGGAGGGCGAGGGCGAGAGCGACGCCGCUGCUAUUGCUCACGAAGCAAAGGACAAUGUUGAUGCUGGGGAGAAUGGCCACAAGGAUGCAGCGAAGGAGGAUGUUGGUCUGGAGAAGAAUGGCUCCUUGAAUGAUGAAAGGAAGGAGGAUGUUGAUAGUAUAAUGAAUGAGGGCCCCUUGAGUGAUGGGGAUGCGGUGAAGGAGGAUGUUGAUAGUAUAAUGAAUGACGGCCCCUUGAGUGAUGGGGAUGCAACAAAGGAAGAUGUUGAUAAAGGGAAGAUUGACCCUCCAAGUAAUAACAAUGAUGAAGAGGUUCAUGAGCAAGGGAAUGGUACAGGAACUGCUGAAAAGGAAGGUGCUAUUGGCACUAAACAGGAGCAUCCUAAGAGUGCAGAUGAUAUGAGGGGCACUUGUGAUGUCAGACUAGAAAACAAUUCAUCGAAGGAAGAAGCUGCUACAGAGAAUAAGGAGGAGCAUACUGACGUGUUGUUGACUCCGGAGAUGAUAUUGGUAACUUGGGAAACAAUUUAAUGGACUCAUCAAAGAGUUGAAAGUUGAGAUGGUGCUGUGUACACACGAACUGAAGGAGCACAUCCUGGCAUCUAUCCAACCCGACCAUGUGGAGAAGGCGGGCGACCAUUUUCUAUUCUGUUUCGUGAAUUCUACCUGAGCAUUUCUCGAUUUUGCAGUUGUGUAGUUAAUCAACUGUUCUUCUUCCGUGGCCUAACUGGAGCAUAGCUCGUUCUCCCACUGGAGCACUCUCAUGUUAAUAGAGAAGUUUCUGUUGUGGCCAGUUAGAUUCAGUUGCAAUUUCUUAAAAUGAAUGAAGUGAUGUGGUCCUUCUUUCCCUC